AUGAGUUGGAGCAGCUCCUACGUAGAGCAGCUCAACUCGUACGUCGAGGGGCUCCCGACGUGGGGCAAAGCGGCCGUCGCUGGCGGCGCUGCGCUCGCAUUGUACCUUCCGUACAAGUACUACACGUCUCGACCCAGAGCCUCUCCCUACAAUAAAGAUUGGCAGCCAGGUUUCUUUUUCAUUUUUUUACUUGUUGACGCUCAAAGAAGAAAAAUCAUUCAAAUUCAAAUUAGUAAUCAAAAAAACAAAAAAAUAUAAAAAAAAUUAAUUUAAAAACAAAAAUUCGAUUACCUAACACAAAAAAACCUAUAUUUUUUUCGCUUCCUACUUUUAGCUUUUUCGUGUUUUUUUUUUGGAUUUUUUUUUAGAAAUUCAGAACUGAGCGUGAUCAAAAAAUCACCUGUUAGAACCGUAAAAAAAUAAUGAUUUUGAAAGAUUAUCAAAAAAGGCCUUCACUUCCGAACUCUCCAACGAAUACAGCUCAAAAACAGCUUUGUAACGAUAAAGAAACUUUUCAAUUCACUCAUCUAGAAUUUUUGUUAACUUUUCAAUCAAAUAAACCAGAAAGAAACCUUUUGAAAAUAUGUAGAUAUAAAAUAAAUACUGCACAGAUAAUUUUCCUCAGGCUCAAGUUAAAUUUUCAGACGUUGUGUACUUGUACCAGUUCCCAAGGACAAAGCUACUGCCCAACAUUUCUCCGUUCUGUCUGAAAGUGGAAACCUGGCUUCGCAUGAAUGACGUCCAUUAUGAAGUGAGUUUUUCUUUUUUCUCUUCUUUUCCUUUUUAUUGGGCUUCGCAACUGAUAGAUAAUCGGAAUUUCGAUACAAAUGUGCUCGAAACUGAAGAGGGACAAACAUUCUUGCAACCGUUCUGUUUGCCUCUCUUUUUCUUUGCUUGCUUCACAGGAAAAAAAGGGUUUGGUAUAGUUCUUCCUACAUGAUAGAAACUUUAUUUCAAAGCACGACACUAAUUAGAAAAUGUUGACAUUUUUACGGAAAUCUUAACUUUUUAAGCUCAGAAAGGAACUUGAGAGUCCAAAGAAGUAUCCAAAAAUGAGAGGUUUUUUUCUAAAUUUCACUGAGUCCAGGUUCCCGCAAUACCACUUAACUUGCGAUCGAAAGAAGGACUUUUGCCGUUCGUCGAACUAAACGGAGUUGAAUAUUAUGACUCCGCCUUCAUUAUCGAGUGAGCUUCUUUUUUACACUUAAUACAUGGAGAAUAAUCCCAGAGAACUCACCAUUCUACUCAAAAGACAGGGUUUCGAAGAACACCUCAGCGAGGAACAACGCGCCGUGUCCCGAGCCUUCGAAUGUCUUGCGGAAAAGUCCCUGGCACUCUCUUCUUUCGUCACCCGAAUAGAAAACGCCGCCGAGGUAUUCAUUCUCCCUCAUAUCCCUACUGAACUCCGGUUAACUUGUCUUUAUAUCAAACUGUAACUGUUCUACACUGUUUCCUAAAAUUGUCAAAGCCGAGACGCGGCCGUUUUUUUUUUUGACGAAAAGUGAGUCUCCAACUGAGCUCUCAUUUAAAAAAAAGUUUGUUUUCGCAUUCCUAUUUUUUCAAUAUCAAGAAUCGAAGUUUUUUUUCGCAUCUUCACCUCUCGCGUUUUUUUUCUCACUUUAAAAAUAUAAUUCUUGCACGCUAUUUCAUAGUUUUGAUCUUUUUCUUCAAUUUCAAAACUAAUUUUCGAAAGAUGCACAGUGCUGCAUAAAGAAAUGACCAGUACCAAAUUUCACAGAUGAUCGACCAGAUUGACUUGAGGAGGUUCGGAUUUUUGCUCACGUUUCUGAAGCCGUUCGCCUCCAGGGGAUACGCUAGUUUGGUAUUCACUUUUUACUUUCAAAGUAUAUCAAAAUUCAGCCCCAAAAUAUAUAUUUAAUGGAAGAAUUAUCAGUCAUUUCUCAACAGCAGUCCGAAACACCAAAAAAAUUGGUGUUUCCAAAAAAUAUCAACGUGGUAAAAACUUUCCGAGUAACUGCUCUGAUCAAUGGCUGAAAAUCUAUUGGGAAAAAAACGGUCUUCGAUUUUAUAACUCUGACUGUACUAUAUUAUAUUGUUUAGAAGUCUGAAGAAAUAUUCAGCUCGCGACGCGAUUGAACAACUCGGAGCUGGGUCCGCAUAGCCGUGCCGACCGUCUUUCCAUCGGCGCCGACGACCUCCGAGCCAUCAGCAAGUACCUCGGCCAAAAACACUACUUCACUGGCUUUAAACCGACCAGAGUACGAUGUUUUCCACUAUUUUCCUUCUUCUUUCAUUAGAAAGUGAAAUUUUUUCCUUUUUACAGGUAGACGCUUGCCUAUUCGGAACGUUAGCCCAGAUCGUCUUUGCUCCAUACGAAACCGAACACAAGACUCUUCUGAGAACUGAGUGUUCCAAUCUUUUGGAGUACGUCGAGCGCAUAAAGAACAGGUUCGUCGAAGUUUUCGUUCUGCUAAAGUCCUUGAUGACGUGUUUGAUCCUGCAUAAGUGACCUGAAAGAAGCUUUAAAAAUCAUUUCGGUCUCGAUUUUUGAAAUAUGUCGAACCUUUUUCCAGCAAGAGUUUUUCAACAAACCAUGAAUGAAAUCGGGGUUUUGAAAAUUUAAUUUUUUUAGAGCAUUCCAUAGAUUAUUGUCGUUUUGAACGUGUUCUCCGAUUAUAUCGGCUCCAGAUUGGUCCAAGUUCGGUUUUACUUUUACAACUUCCGAAUCUUUUUUAGUUAUCAUGAAGUUAGUUGGCUCUUUUGAUGUUUUUCAAAUUUCAAACUAAAUUGCUCAUUCAGUUAACUUUUCGCUUUGAGAAGAGUUCGAAAAAUAGCAGCGGCUCAUCAGCAAAUGAAUUCAACGUAAAAAAUGGUAAAUUCAAAAUUUUGGAGUUCUCGAAAUUUUUACCAUGAUUCAGCAGAGCCUUUUUGAUUUCUCUGAUGUCUGAAUAAAUUGAAUUGAUAUAAAUUGAUCUUAGGAAAAAAAUUAAAAUUUAAGCAUCCUUUUUAAUCGAAUUUUCUGUUGUUUCGUAUAAAUAGAGUUAAGGAAUGUCUCGAAACGUUUCUGAAGUGCAAUUUGCAGGUUCUGGCCGGACUGGGGAGACGUGACGGCGAAGUUCUCGAGAGACACUAACUGGAAGAGAAGACCUCGUCCUGUCAAUGGAAUCUCGACGCCAAACUCGUCGCUCACUUCUCCGCUAGGGAGAAAGUGAACCGGCCCAUCCCACCACACUUUUCUACGAGCUUCUUAUCUGCCUUUUCUAUUUUUCUUCGCAUUUUUUCCAUUUUAUAACUCAAUUUUUCAUUUGUUUCUUUUUAUGUUUCUUAGUGGGAGUUGUAUGUUUUAAAAAGUAUGUCUCCUCCUUUACUAUAUGUUCUCGACUUUAUAACUUUUUACUUUUCUUCAUGUUUACUGUUGCCUUGAAACAAUCCUGAAAAGUUUGAGUGAGACUUUUAAAUAGUUUUUUCGAAUUGCGAAACGGCUGGAAAAGAUGACGUUUGAAAAUCAUUUUAGUUAACGCCAGCGGUGAGUAAAACUUAAUAGCGUUUAUGAACCCUUCGAUUGUUCUUAAUUUUCUCGGUUCAAUUCUCCAAGAAAGAAAUAGAUUUCGGGUUUUUUUUUUUACAGCGAUGCCCGUGUGAAUAAUAAUAAAUCUUAUGCUCAUUUUCCAAACAAAGCUUGUUUGACAAACUGUUUAAAUCAAGAAACAAUACUUAUCGUUCAAAACUGAAAAAAAAACACUCGUACAAUAUAUUAGAUGUAUGAGAAAAGAAAAAGGUAACUCAGAAGGAAGGCAGCAUUGACUGGUGUAGAUCUUCACAUUGAAUCUAGGCAUUCCAGUCUUUCUAUCAUAGUUACUCGCCGGAGACUCGAAACUGUGACCUCUCCAGCGCCGUCCUAGCGCACUCGCAUUCGGCCACAGGUUGCACAGCUGGCUACCCUGGGGUGGGCGCUAUUCGUCUCUUUGCGAUGAUUUCUUUCCUCACGCAGGCUUUUUUCGAAGUUUUCAAUCAGACACAGAAUUAAUUUUUUUUUUUGAGAGGGCUUAUUACAAAAAUCCACCGUAUGGAAAAAUGACUACUGGCACGAAUUUUCGUCGAUAUGAACGAAUUUUUCUGAAAUACACGUCCUACCAAGACAUGAAAAUGAUUAUUUUUCCUCAUUUCUUCAUUUCAGAGACUCCCAAAAUGUCUCGCGAAACAAUGGUCAACAGUAGUUGUGAAGUUAUUGGAAAUACGCCGCUUCUUCGUCUUAACAAAAUAACGCAAGGCCUGGAAGCAACUAUAGGUUGGCUUGAAAUGAAUUUUCUAAUUUUAUUUUAUUUUUUUCCAUUUCUAGUCUCUUUCUGAUGUUUUAAAAAGCGAAUUAGCUAUGAUAAAAUCUUUUAAAAGAGUUAGUUUUUGCAUAGCAACUCACAGAAGAAACGAGAAAUAUGAGACCCGCUAAGUUUUUGAGACUCUUUCUAUUUUUCAGCUGUUAAACUGGAAUAUAUGAACCCAACAUGCUCUGUGAAGGAUCGAAUCGCCUUGAAUAUGAUCAAAAGAGCCGAGGAAGAAGGGAAAAUCAGCCCAGGAAAAACAGUUUUAAUUGAAGGAACCAGUGGAAACCUUGGGAUUUCUCUUGCUCACUACGGAAAAAUCUUGGGGUUUGUGAACAAAAACUAAAAAAUUCUAUGAAAUUUUUGAAGGUACAAAGUUAUUUUGAUAAUGUCGGAUUCCUAUAGUGUAGAACGUCGGUGUCUUCUGAAGGCUUAUGGAGCCGAGGUCUGAUAGAAAAUUUGUUCUGAAUUGACGCGUUUUUAGGUAAUUUUGACCGACGCUGCUCUUGGCGCGAAAGAAGUGUUGAGCAGAGCUGCCGAACUCGCCAAAGUCGUUCCGAAUGCUCAUAUCCUUGACCAAUUCAGCAAUCCUGCUAAUCCAGAAGCGCAUUAUAAAUCAACAGGCCCUGAAAUUUGGCGCCAAACUCAAGGAAAAGUGAAAAAACUUCCUAAAUUUUCACACUUCUCGGAAAUAUACAUUUUGAGGUCGACAUAGUUUGUUUCGGAGUUGGUUCAAGCGGAACAGUCACCGGCGUCGGCAGGUUUUUGAAAGAGAAAAACCCGGAAAUUGAAGUGAGUGAAAGAACUGGCUCACGAAUUUGAUGAAAAAUCAGAUCUAUCCCAUUGAACCUUAUGAAUCAUCAGUUAUCAACGGAUUUCCAGGAGGGGUUCAUAAAAUCCAAGGUCAGCAGAAUAGACUUUUUCUGAAAACUGAACAUUUUUAUAUGUUAUUUUUCAGGAAUAGGGGCAGGAAUGGUACCAGAUAAUCUGGAUCGAAGUCUUUUCAAAGAAGCUCUGCGAGUCCAUUCCGACGACGCCAUCGAUAUGACACGUCGUCUGGCCAAAGAGGAAUCCAUUUUUGCAGGAGUUUCUUCUGGGGCCAACGUCUUUGGCGCCAUGCAGGUGCCUAUUUUCAUAGCCUCGGAGUGCAUAUUUUCGUUUCAGCUAGCCAAAAGACCCGAAAACAAAGGGAAGUUGAUCGUGACCACUGUAAACAGCUAUGGAGAGCGCUACUUGUGAGAUUUCUUCUUAUUCACAGAUUUUUAAUUUCUCUGAUCGUUAGGUCGACAAAUGUGUACUCCGCGAUCCGUGAGGAAGCGCUUGCAAUGAAGAAGACGUCACUCGAAAAAUCUAUUCAAAUUGCUCUUGAUUAUCUAAAAAUUUAAAUCGAAAAACUUAACUUCGUGUUGGUGAAUCGCGUAUUUUUAAAUAUCAUUUCCAAGUUGACAGUAGCGAUCUCUGAUUUCUACGUGAGAACACAGAAAGUUGAGAAACAAUAGAAAUAAAGAAUGAUGCAAACCAAAUUAGUCGCUUUGGAACGGCGUCACGUAGACUUCCUUUUGUCACGUAUCAAAUUUCAGAUUCAACGCUCAUCUUUUAUGAAACGUUUUGAAAAUAAUAAACAAUACUUUCAUAGUCAUACCGAACUGAAAUCCGAGAAGAAAGUACAAUUUUUUUUAUAAAAUUCUCUAUAACAAGUAGAGUAAAAAAGUUAAUUGGAAUUAUUGCGGAAUGAAAGAGAAGUUGACAGAAAUGAAACUGCUUUUAUGUACAGGGAGAAAGCCGGAAUGUUUUCAAAUUGGAUACCAUUAACUCUUUACCUAGACCUUGUAUCAACUUUCUACAGCUAUACUCAUUUUGAGGUAAAGGUCUUGAAAAAUAUUUGAAACGAGAUAAGCAAAAGAAAUAUUAUUAGUGAAAAACAUGGCUUUUUUUGAUGUAAGGAGUUGUAAACGAGAUUUUCAACUUGUUUGAUUCUUCCCCAAAUAAUAAAUCUUGUUUUCCGGGCGUUUUUGAUCGUUUUUUUUUCCAUUGAGCAGAGAAAUUAAAAAGAGUUCGAACAUUGUGUUAUACAAAUAUUAUAUAAAAGCAUAUCAAAACUUAAAGUUCAGAAAAGUCGAAGAUCGAACUACUAGUUUAUCACUACAUGAAGACUACGUGUUCGCAGUCAGACUUGAUCGGAACGAUCUACUGAAUUAGGCGACGAGAGAAAAAGACGGCGUGCGGUCCGGAGAACUAUCACCCAGUCUCCCUAUAAAACAGCGAACUCGAAGAAGACACACAUGCGCUUUUUCAAUUUAGUUCAACUUUGAGGCUUCCAUGCAUUUCUGUCAUAAAAACUAUUCUAUGUCUACUAUUUUUGCAAGAAGCGUCCUCUUUUCUCUUUAGAAUUUUAUUUGUCGAAGUCGCGGGAAAAAUCUGAAGAAAAAAAAAAUAGGAACACAAUAGACUCACCUAUUUUUUCUUUCCUAUUUUUCCGAUCGAAUUUUUUUCUUUAAAUUUUUUUAAUUUUUCCUUUCAAUCGAUGUUGUUUCAUAAGCUGUAUAGGAAAGCCUGAAUUUGCCAUCAGAAAUAUUUUUCUCUAAUCCUUUUUGAAAUUAUUUUCUUCAACAGGUUUCUUCAGCUUUCACAACAAAAAAAAUGUCUCGCGAUUUGAUGGUUGAAAGUGGCGGCCAGAUAAUUGGAAAUACGCCACUUCUUCGUCUCAACAAAAUUACUCAGGGCUUGGAUGCGACUAUCGGUUCGUUUUUUUUUUAUCUAAAAAAAUGAUAGGGCUGAAAAAAGCUCUCGUAAAGCAGAUCUGAUGUUAAUUGGUAUACGCUUCAGUUCUCAGUUCAUUCUGGUGCCAUAACUCACUUUUUAAGUAGCGCAAGAAUAAUUUUUCAGCUGUGAAAAUUGAAUAUAUGAACCCUUCAUGCUCCGUCAAGGAUCGAAUCGCCUUCAACAUGAUUGAGAAAGCCGAGCAGGAAGGAAGAAUCACGCCAGGAAAAACCGUGCUUAUUGAACCUACUAGCGGAAACAUGGGAAUCGCACUCGCCUAUUGCGGAAAACUGAAGGGGUUCGCCUCUUUUUGUUAUUAAGCUGGGAAUUCGAUCAGUAAGAAAUACUUAAAAUUCAGAUAUAAAGUGAUCCUGACGAUGCCGGAAUCCAUGAGCGUGGAAAGAAGAUCCUUACUGAAAGCAUAUGGAGCCGAGGUUCAAUCAAUCAUUGAAAAACCUAUAAAGUCGAGAAAUAAAGGUUGUCCUUACCGACGCCGCAUUGGCCGUGAAAGGUGCAACGGAUCGUGCCGAAGAAUUAGCCAAAGUCAUCGAUAACGCCUAUAUUCUGAACCAGUUUGCGAAUCCGGCAAACCCUGAAGCGCAUUACAAAACGACAGGACCAGAAAUAUGGCGUCAAACAGAAGGAAAGGUAAAGAAAACUUCAAGAUAUUUACUAUUAUGUACAUAAUUAAGGUGGACAUUGUUUGUUUCGGAGUCGGUUCUGGAGGUACAGUUACUGGAGUUGGUAGAUACCUCAAAAACCAAAACCCUAAUGUUGAGGUUAGCGGUUUUGAUUUUUGGUUCCUGGGUAGACUUCUUUUUUCAGGUCUUCCCGGUCGAGCCCUUCGAGUCAUCUGUGAUAAACGGAUUACCACAUAGUCCUCACAAAAUCCAAGGCUUGUUUUUCUUUCUCUGAAUUGUGAAGAAAAUACAAUUUAUUAGGAAUGGGAACGGGAAUGAUCCCAGAAGUUUUGGACCGAAGCCUUUUCAAAGAAGCUCUUCGUGUUCAUUCCGACGACGCUAUUGCAAUGGCACGUCGUCUGGCCGCUGAAGAAUCCAUUUUGGCCGGUAUUUCUUCUGGAGCUAACGUCUGUGCUGCCGUUGAGGUUCUUUUAAAUUUCAUUUUUUUUGGGAGAAAAAGUCACCCGCUUUAUUUUUUCAGCUGGCCAAAAGACCUGAAAACAAAGGGAAGUUGAUCGUGACCACAGUAAACAGCUAUGGAGAGCGCUACUUGUAAGAUUUAUGUGUGUCAAAGGUUUAAUUCAAGUUAUUCAGAUCAACGGCAUUGUACUCAACGAUCCGCGAAGAAGCAGUCGAUAUGAAGAGGACUUCUCUCGAAGAAUCUAUUCAAAUUGCUCGUAAAUAUUUGGAACAAUAA